GUCAGUGAAAUGACAGACAGGAAGUGGUGAAGGGCUGUUGCACAGCGCCUGUGUUGAGAGAGUUCCGGCUCCGAGCAUGAAUUUCUCAGCUGCCCUGUCUCCUCUCUGGCAGUUUGAGGAGGUGCCAUGGAGAACAAAGUGACCGACCACCUGCACCAGGCCCUGGCUGAGCUGGGGGAGAGUGAGCUGAAGCGAUUCAAGGCCAAACUCAGGGACGUGGCCAUGACAAAAACAUUCGAAAAGAACCUGCAGGAGCAGCUGGGAGGCGCGGAACCGGCUCAGUGGGUGAUCAACCACUUUGGGGUGGAGUAUGGGGCGGAGGUGACCCUUGAGGCGCAAAAAGCCCCGGAGCACGAAGCCAGUGCAGAGGGGCUUAAGCAAGCCCUCGGGGCUUAUGAGGGAAAGUGCAGUGAUCACCUAGAGACCAUCUCCAGAGUGAGGAAUCUGCUGCACCGCACCUUGGGCAGCCUGGGAAAGGAGGAGCUCCGGGUCUUCAAGGCCAAAGUGGCCGAGGUUGAACUGUCAGACACUUCUGUCACCAACCCCCCCAUCCCCGGGGGCCGGCUGGAGAGGGCAGAGGUGGCAGAGAUGGUGGAGGAGCUCAUCAGCCACUACGGGGUGCGCUACGCCUUAGACGCCACCCAGACCGUGCUCAGGGACAUGAACCAGGGUGCCCUGGUGGCCGCUCUCUUUAGGCUGCAGAGAGCCUACAUCAAACAGACCUGGGAGUGGACGGAAGCCCUCUUCAAAGUGAGCGAGCAGCUCAUCCAAAUCUGGGGCAGCCUGGGGCCGGAGGCGCUUGAGAACUUCCGCAUCCAAGUGGCUGAGAGAGACCAGGAGCCAGAAUCUAGCCCCAUCCCCUGUGAUAAGCAGGCGACAGAGGUCACGGAGGAGCUGAUCCAUGAGUACGGGGAGGAACGCGCCCUGCGGAUGACCCAGAGCAUCCUGAGAAGCAUGAACAGGGCUGCCCUGGCACAGAAACUCAUGGAGGCAUCUAGGACGGAGGCUUGGAGAGAGAACCAGUGCGAGCUGUGUCCCAGAGAGAAGGAUCUGCUGGAAGAACUAAACCCAGAGAUCAUUCAGGGCCCAGAGGGGAGCCUGGAGACGUACAGAGUUCACAUCCCCCGGGCAGGCGCCUACCGCUGCCCUAAAACCAAGCUCAGAUUCGAGGUGAGGGCAGCCGUGACCAUCUGCUAUGAAUACAGCUCCUGGGAUCAGUAUCUGCCUGCCCAGGCGGCUCAGCAGAGGAUGGUGGCCGGCCCCUUGUUCAACAUCCAGGUGGACCAGGAUGGGGCCGUGGCGGCCGUUCACCUCCCGCACUUCCUGUGCCUCGCAGGGGGCGAGAUCUCCCUCUUUCAGAUGGAGGUCGCCCAUUUUGUUGGCGGGGAGAUGCUCCUGGAGAAGCCGGCGCGGGUGAGGCACUUCCAUGCUGUGCUGGAGAACCCCCACUUCUCCCCCCUGGGCGUGCUUUGGAGACUGAUCCGGUCGAAGCGACGCGUUUGUAUCCACUCGCUGGUGCUGCUGUACCGGGCCCGCAGGGCUGCAGACAUCACCCUCCACCUCUACCUCCUCCCCGACGACCGCUCCGUGGUACAGGCGGUAGAAGAGUAUGAGAAGAAAUGCCAGUCGUUUCAGGUGCCCAAGCCGCCUCUGACCAAGCCACUACAUUACGGGACAUAUUACCGCACCACAUCUAACUCACCCAACCUAGAGAUAAAACCUAAGGAUCUGGAGUUCCAGCGCAGAGGCCCAGAGAAGCAUCAGUCGUACACUGAAGUGUACAUCCAAAGAUUGGAGGAGUGCGUGGAGCUCAGCUUGAGAGAGAGAGACCAGGAGGAAUCUGUCUGGGACGUCACGCUGAGGCCAGGUGAUGUGAAGCCUCCCACAGUGUCAGCUGAAGUGCCCGCAGGGGCCAACACAAGGAAGACAAGGAGAGAUCACCUGGUGGAAACUUUAAAAGACCUCAGAGAGAUGGAGCUGAAGGAGUUCAAGAGCAAACUGACUGACACUAAAUUGCAGGAGGGUUACACCCAGGUACCGCGAGGUCACCUGGAGAAAGCAGAGAGUGUGGAGGUUGCUGAGCUGCUGUUCAGACACUAUGGACAGGCCUAUGCCACGAAGGUGGCCAUACAAGUGCUGGAAGCCAUCAACCAGAGACAGCUGGCAGAGAGACUCCAAAGGGCAGCGGGAGCUGGUUGGGAAUGAGCCAGGAAGGAGAGAGCUGGUCUCUCCCUACAGAGGGGCCUCACCCCAUCCAUCUCUUCUCCUUCCGUGUUCUGCUGCUUCUGUGCCCAGGAUCAACUGCUCUCGCUCUCUGUGAGCAGCAACUCUCGGCUUUGGAGUCUUUCCUUUUCACGCGUUCUCUGACCCAUUUGUCUCAGCAGUGACGCCCUCACUGUUUCAUCCCAGGAGCAAUCAGACCAAACAGGACAGUCCUGUGUCAUCACAGGAGAUCCCGAAGCAUCUGGCUAGUCCAGCUUGCUGUCGGAGAAAGGGGCAAAAACCACCCAGAGGCUAAUGGAGCAUUAGUCUGCCCUUGCGGGAAGUUUUGGCCCCGCUUUCUGUGACAAAGUGGAAAUGUUUUUAAUGUUUUCUCUGAACACGUGUGGGUGUGCCUCAGUUUCCCCCCAUGCGUUACUCAUGUGAAAGAAACCUGCAUUUCUAAUGUAAGAAGCAAGCAGAAAAAUAUUUAACUCUCUCCCCUGCAA